AUGAGAACGUUUAAAGGCGCAAAGGGUGACAGAGGUGACCUCGGUUUGCCUGGACCUAAAGGAGACCAGGGUCCACCGGGCCCACCAGGCUUAAGUGCAAAGUCUGACGUCGUCCAGUACAUACCAGGGCCUCCUGGACCACCUGGCCCCCCGGGUGUUGCAAUUGUCGGCCCAAAAGGGGAGCCGGGGAUCAGUUACAUAGAAGAAGGACCCAUUCAUGGAAGUACAAAGUACUUUGGCAGACCGGGCCGAGAGAGUAUAGAACCAAGAAGCCAUCAUGCAGAUGAAUCUACAAAAACCGUACCGGGAGCUGCCGUCUUCAGAACUGUCGAGGAAAUGUUGCGGCUCGCAUCAUCCAGUCCUGUCGGUGCAUUGGCUUUUGUAACAGAAGAACAAGCCUUGCUGAUAAAAGUCAAUUCUGGAUGGCAGUAUGUUUCGUUAGGGUCAUUAGUGACCCAAUCCGCGCCUGUGACCACAACGCACACUCCAGUCACCCCUCCAAUGCCAGCAGGCAGCUUAGUUCAAGUGGGACAAAUAUCCAAUUUCGUGGACAACUCACCACCACUUGCUCCUGUAGGACCCAGCCUCCGUCUUGCCGCCUUGAACGAUCCAUUAUCCGGCAACAUGAACGGUGUUCGACGGGCAGACUAUGCCUGUUAUAGGCAAGCGAGAAGAUCCGGGCUAAAAGGAACAUUCAGAGCUUUCCUUACAAGCAGGAUACAAAAUCUGGACUCAACAGUACGAUACGCGGACCGACACUUGCCCGUUGUGAAUAUUAUGGGCGAAGUGCUCUUUAAGGCAUUCUCAGAUAUCUUUGACGGUAACGGAGGCAUCAUUCCUGGGACACCCCGAAUUUAUAGCUUCAGUGGGAAAAACAUCAUGAUGGAUUCUAAUUGGCCUCAAAAGCUAAUAUGGCACGGAUCCCACUCGAGCGGUGAAAGAGCUUUGGACACAUUCUGUGAGGAGUGGCAGAACGGAGAACCAACGUCCCGGGGCAUGGCGGCAUCUCUCUAUUCGCACAAACUCCUCUCACAAGAAAGGUAUUCGUGCAAUAACCGUUUCGCCGUGCUAUGUAUAGAAGCAACCGCUCAUGUCAGCCUAAGGAGAAAAAGGAGUAUUUCAAGGCCAAAUUCCACACAAGAUGACGAGGACUACCUAUACAACGCCGAAGAAUACCAAGAGCUACUUGACGAUAUAUUUGCUCAACCUUUAAGAGAAACUUAA